AUGCCGGCAACUCUCCGCAAGCAGCGGCAGCGCUGCCGCUGCUCGCGGAGAGGUCCGCGGAGCCUGGGCGCGCUGAUCUCAGCGCGCGCAGGCUUCGGCAUGCCGGCAACUCUCCGCAAGCAGCGGCAGCGCUGCCGCUGCUCGCGGAGAGGUCCGCGAAGCCUGGGCGCGCUGAUCUCAGCGCGCGCAGGCUUCGGCAUGCCGGCAACUCUCCGCAAGCAGCGGCAGCGCUGCCGCUGCUCGCGGAGAGGUCCGCGGAGCCUGGGCGCGCUGAUCUCAGCGCGCGCAGGCUUCGGCAUGCCGGCAACUCUCCGCAAGCAGCGGCCGCGCUGCCGCUGCUCGCGGAGAGGUCCGCGAAGCCUGGGCGCGCUGAUCUCAGCGCGCGCAGGCUUCGGCAUGCCGGCAACUCUCCGCAAGCAGCGGCAGCGCUAG